AUGACUGAUGUUGACUCAGGAGUCUAUAGCCUACCUACAAAUAAUUCAGAGAGAAAUAAACGUUUGGCAAAACCCGUAUCUUCAUCAAUAACUGAUUCCAGAUAUUUAUUUUCGACCCAAGCAUCUGAAAGCCCGGUACAUGCGUUCAACUCUGAGUGGAUAGAUACUUAUGAUACACCAGUUAAAACGAAGACAGAAACCGAACAAUCUCGUAAUUCCAAAAAUAACUUCGGUACCGCUCAGCACCCAAUUGAUCAAAAGUUUGAAACUCCAAUGAAAGCAAAAUCAUCAGUAACAAUGGUGACACCUGUGAGUGAGUUGAAACAAGAGGAUGUAGUGGUGAGUGGAAAGAGUAGACUGGCUACACCAGAAUUGGCUGGAAAGAAACCUAAAGUUACAUUUUGGGAUGUAAUCUGGGUGCUUAUGAAUGAUAUGGCAGGUAAAGAUAAAAUGGCGAAGAUUUGCCAGUAUUCGUUGAGAUUGACUCUUCACUAUACAAAAGAAGUUCUGUCUUAUAUGAGUGAUGAUUUGCUUAAUAUAACGGUUAUCAGACAGAGGUACAAUAAUACAGAAAAACAAUUAGAAUUAAUGAAGAAUUUUUUCAAGCAUCCUUCAGAUUUCAUGAAAAUAGUGACAUUGUUAACAUGCUCAAUCUUAAGAUCAAGAUUAACUGGGGUUGUAAACGGAAUAUCCAUUUACAGGCAAUUCGGACGGUUUGGGAAAACACCAUUCAGAAUUAGGAAUCUUAUAAAAAAACUUCAAUCAAAUUAUGAUCCUAACACGCGUACUCUUAAUAUAAAUAAUUUGGCAAAGUCAUCUACCAUAUCUGAUAUUACAUCAUUGUACUAUGGUAUAAACGACGAAACGUUGUUACUUUUUAAAUUGAAGUUUUUUACUAAUAAGCGAUUUCGAGCUUUUGCUUCUAGGCAUGAAACUUUGGCUUGGUUUCAUGAAUCGGUAAUCAAUCUUUAUAUAUUAUACGAAAAGCUAAAGUUGUUAUCUCAACAGGAAAUGGAUUUAAAAAUCCAAAUUCAAGUUAAGAAUAAAGCCAAAUCAUUAUCGAAACAAUUGUUAGGUGGAUUAUCUUCUCAUCAGCUUGAGUACCCAUUGACAGAAGGCGAUGAUAUUAAAUUGCUAAAAGACGUUCAAUUUAAAAAACAUAAUGCUUAUUUGGACGUAUACAAAUAUUUAUCUGAUUUUGUUUUCACGUUCUAUCCCACUUUUGGAUUACCACUACCUUUCAGUACUUUACAGAUAUGGUUAGGAAUAAGUGCAGCUACAUUUAGUACCUUAAAGUUAUAUCGCGAAGCCAAAAAGAAGCUUCUUGAUCUGGCCAAAAAGAAAAUGACUUAA